AUGAGCUCCGUUCAGAGUACCUCUUACUUGACUGCGCUGGCCCAGCGCUCGGACUGGAAGAGUCUCGGCGUGUCGCUGGUUCUUGUUCCUAUUCUGAGUAUUGUCGUGUGGUGGAUUGCUGCUUAUUUCGCAUCCCCGCUUCGAAAAUAUCCUGGCCCUCCAGUGGCUGGCUGGACUAACCUUUGGCGUUUACGUACUGUGCUGAAGGGUAGCUACCAUGUCAAGAUCAAGGAACUUCAUGAGAAAUAUGGUCCUGUUGUUCGCAUCGGUCCCAAUACCCUGGACUUCGAUAUUCCUGAACUGAUCAAGACUUUUUAUGGUACGGAUGGCAAAUGGAAGAAGACCGAGUUUUACCACAAUAACAGCGCUGUCAUCGAUGGCAAAAUCACCUAUCAUCUGUUCAGCACGACUGAUCAGGUCGAACAUGCCCGUAUGAAGCGCCCCAUCGUCAAGUACUAUUCCCAAAGCAGUGUUAUGGGUCUUGAGUCCCUCUUUGAUGGUUUGAUCUGCGACUUUUGUGGUCAUCUCGAGAAGAGGUUCAUGAGUGGAUCUGAACCCAAACCAUUCGACUUUGGUGAAUGGAUUGGCUUUUACUCGUGGGACGCUAAUGGUGCUGCCUCUUUCAGCCGCCGCUUUGGGUACAUGGAUAAGGGAUAUGACUAUGACGGCACCAUCUCCAUUGCUGACAAGGCUCUUGACUAUUUCGCUGCUGUCGGCCAAAUGCCCUUCCUCGACUUUCUUCUCGACAAGAACCCCGUUAUGCGCAUCGGCCCCCCCAAUCUAGCCAACAUUACUCGCAUCUCGCUUGAACAUCUGACUGCCCGCCUGCAAGGCAAGGAUGGGAACUUCGACCCCGAAGUUCCCGACUUUCUCCAGCACUUUAUCGAGUCUAAGAACACGAACCCUGAUCUUGUCAAUGAUGGAACCAUCAUGGGCUAUCUUCUGGUCAACCUUCUCGCAGGGGCCGAUACCACUGCUAUCACUAUCCGAGCUUUCUUUUGGUACUGUCUUCACAACCCUCGCGUUUAUGGAAAGCUCGAGAAGGAGGUUUUGAAUGCCGACCUCGAGGAUGUUGCUUCAUUUAGCUCCGCUCGAGCAUUACCUUACUUAGAAGCUUGUGUCCGUGAAGCCAUGCGUAUGCACCCAGGAGUCUGUAUGAUCCUAGAGCGCUAUGUCCCCGAGACAGGCCUCACACUUCCUGACGGCAGCUUUGUCCCCCCUGGAACAGCGGUAGGCAUCAACCCCUAUGUCGCUGGUCGUAACAGGGGAAUUUAUGGCCAAGAUGCCGAUACAUACUGUCCUGAGCGCUGGCUCCAGAACGAAGGCGAGACUGAAACAGCAUACAAGGAGCGAACGCGUCUUUUCAACGCAGCCGAUUUGACUUUUGGUAACGGGUCACGAGUUUGCAUUGGUCGCCAUCUUGCUCAGCUUGAGCUGUAUAAGAUUGUGGCUACGUUGAUCAACAAGUAUGAGAUUUCCUUGGUUGAUCCGAAGGCGCCGUGGGUGGUUACUGGUAGCUGGUUCCCACGCCAGAAGGGUCUUGAGUGUCGUUUGAAGAAACGAGAGUAG